UCUGGUAAGAUAACCGUCUCACUCAGUUACACACAUACAUAUAUCAGACAAGCAGUGGUGGAAAAGGCAGUACUCGCACUCCUGUGCUUUCCUGUGCUUUCAUGCUCCAAGAGUUUUCAAAUCCUUCAGCACAUUCCCCUGCAGCAUGGGGCGAGCAGUCUGCUAUCCAGCACGGGGGUUGCUGCUGUUACUCGCUGUGCUGUGGUCUGCCGAAGGAGGCAAGCUUCUAGUAGUGCCCGCGGAUGGCAGUCACUGGCUCAGCAUGAAGAUCCUAGCAGAGGAAUUGGGCCAGAGGGGGCACGAGGUGGUGGUCCUCGUGCCAGAAGCCAGCAUUCUGAUCAAGGGCUCAGAUUUGUACAAGACUGUGAUGUUUGCAGUGCCAUACAGCAAGGAAGAGGUAGCGGGCAAUAUCGGAAUGCUGAGGGACAGCGUCUUUCACAAUGGAUCACACCAGGAAGGGCUCCUGAUUAACAUGGAGAGGAUUCAAAUGUUCCAGGUCUUCCAGGCCAGGGGCUGCGAGAGUCUCCUGUAUAACGCAAAGCUGAUGGCGCAGCUGGAGCGGGAGGAGUUUGAUGCCUUACUGACGGACCCCUUCCUGCCUUGCGGGGUGAUCAUCGCAGAGAAGCUGGCUGUCCCGGCUGUGUUCUUCCUGCGAGGGGUGCCAUGCGGGAUGGACAAAAUGGCAGCUCAGUGCCCCUCACCCCCAUCGUUUGUCCCCAGGGACUUCACCGAUAACACGGACCACAUGACGUUUCCCCAGAGGGUGCAGAACCUCCUCUCAGCCUUGUUGCAGCCGAUGCUCUGCAGAAUAAUCUACUCCAGCUUCGACGAGUUGGCCAGCCGCUACCUGCAGAGAGACAUCUCCUUCCAAGAGCUCAUGAGCCACGGCGCAGUUUGGCUGCUGAGAUAUGACUUCACCUUUGAGUACCCCAGGCCGCUGAUGCCCAACAUGGUCCUCAUCGGCGGCAUCAACUGUGGAGUCAAGAAGGGCUUACCUGUGGAGCUGGAGGAGUUUGUGAACAGCUCCGGAGAGCACGGCUUUGUGGUCUUCACCCUGGGUUCCCUGAUUUCAGAGAUGCCGCUGGAGAAGGUCAAACAGUUUGCAGAGGCCCUGGGCAAGAUCCCACAGAAGGUUAUAUGGCGCUUCACUGGACCCACACCUGAAAACCUCUCUGCAAACAUCAAACUCAUGAAGUGGAUGCCACAGAAUGAUCUUCUGGCACACCCCAAGGCUCGUGUCUUCAUGACACACGGUGGGACACACGGAAUCUACGAAGGAAUUUGCAACAGCGUUCCCAUGGUGAUGCUGCCUCUGUUUGGAGACCAGGCUGAUAAUGUGCAGCGCGUAGCGUCCCGGGGAGUGGGUGUGGUCCUCAACAUCCACGACAUGACAUCACAGAGCCUGCUAGACGCACUUAACACUGUCAUCAACGACAAGAGCUACAAAGAGAACACGAUGAGACUGUCUACAGUGCACAAGGACCGCCCCAUAGAACCCAUCGACCUGGCAGUUCAUUGGACAGAGUUUGUGAUGAGACACAAGGGGGCGGAGCAUCUGAGACCGGCGGCUCAUGACCUCAACUGGAUCCAGUACCACUGCCUGGACGUGAUCUGCCUUUUGGUUGUCAUAGUGAUUGCUGUUACCUUAGUUACGGUUAAAAGUUGCGUAUUUUGCUUUAGAAAAUGCUGCAGAAGAUCCGAGAAGAAGAGGAAGUCUGACUAAGUAAUAACAAGGGACAGGGGUUGAUUAACAUGAGAUAAUCACACCCCUAAAGGUGUUCAGGGUGUAAAGAUCUGUGGCAAUGCGCCCCGCCCCUGUGUGCAUUUGUGUGUUGUGUGUUGCGUGCGUGUGUUAAUGUUGGUGUAUAGAUUGGUACACGGGAUAUAAACGGGUCUGUGUUUCACGUGUAUUUAAAAAGUGUAGAUUUGUAUUUAGGCACGAGGAGAGCACAAAUCACUUCACGUGCUGGUUAAAUGUAAUAUGUGAGCACGGGGUUGCACAGAAUUAAUUCACGUGCUGGGAUUCAAGUGAAUAAUUAAUUAGUAAUUGAAUCCCAGCACAACAGUAUAUAUAGAUGCACGUUUCUUUCACUCAGGGUUAGGUGUUCAGAGAGUGGAGAACGGGUGAGAGAGGAGUAAAUCAUUAAGAGCGUAAAUAUAGUAAGUGUUUUGUUUGUACUCACCGCGUUUGUUCGUCUGUCCUGCACCGUCUAUUUAGUGUUUAGUCCGUUUUGUCUGUCUGUUUAUUUUGGCUAUAGUGCCGUGUCCUGUUUUUGUGCUGUUUGAAACCUUUUAUUUUGUUAAUAAACGCUGAGUGCAGCCAUUGCACUCAGCUCAUCACAA